AUGGAUACCGCAAAUAACGUUGUAGUGGCCUCUGCCAACAAGACACCCAGUACCGUCAAGCAUGGUAAUGCUACUGCGGGACUCCCGGGCAAUUGGGGACACACCGAUGGCAAAGUCAUCGUCUACCUUCGCGGUUUUCGCUUCGCAAUGCUCGCCACCUUGAUCAGCAUCAUGAUCUUCAUAGUGGGCGCCGAAACGAACAUCACCGUCACCUCGGUUGUGACUAUCACGCGCGGCCUGGGUGGUUUCGAGAGAAACAGCUGA